CCCAGCCGCGCUCUUCUUCUUCUUCUUCAACCUUCCUCCAAAGAACACACAGUCUUCGCUCUAUUAGCGAGAAUGAGUUCCUCGUUAUCCUCACAGUUACAAGCCAUCAAGUCAAUUGUACAAGCCGAUACAGAGCCAACAAAGAGACCAUACACACGCCCUUCGAUCCUCUUCAGUCCCAAAGAAGCAGCAGAUUUAGAUAUCGAGUCAAUCCACGAACUCGGACUCAAAGGUCUCGAAGUGCUUGGAAACAAAGACGAGAGGUUUAAGAACUUCGCGAACGAUCUGUUUAGUCAUAAGAGUAGAGAGAUCGAUAGAGAGUUGCUUAGUAAAGAAGAAAAUGCUAAGAUUGAUGCUUCGAUUAGUUCGUAUCUACGGUUGCUCUCUGGCUAUCUUCAGUUUCGUGCUUCCUUGGAGACUCUUGAGUAUCUCAUACGAAGAUACAAGGUUCAUAUAUACAAUGUAGAAGAUGUGGUGUUGUGUGCUUUUCCGUAUCACGAUACACAUGCUUUUGUUCGUAUUGUUCAGCUGAUUACCACUGGAAACACCAAGUGGAAGUUUCUGGACGGUGUGAAGAAUUCAGGUGCUCCACCUCCUAGAUCUGUUAUCGUUCAGCAGUGUAUACGUGAUAUGAAUGUCUUGGAGGCCUUGUGUGACUAUGGAUCUCGGACUAAGAAGUAUCAGCCUUCGAAACCGGUGGUCAGCUUCUCCACGGCUGUUGUCGUCGAGGUUUUAGGUUCCGUGGCCAAGGUUGAUGGAGAUGUUGUAAAGCAGAUUUUACCAUUUGUCGACUCUGGUGUUCAGUCCGCUGUGAAAGGAUGUUUAGAUCAGCAGGCUGGUGCGUUAAUGGUUGUUGGCAUGUUGGCUACCAAAGCCACACUAAAUGAGAACCUUAUCAAACGCUUUAUGAGGUCAAUCAUCGACAUUGCUCGUGAACAUGCCAAAGAAUCCUCUGAUCCUCAUUGGCUUCGAUUGUCAUUUAUGGCAUUGAUUAAUUUGGUUCAGUUACAGUCUGUUGACUUGAUCCCAAAGAAAGCUUUGGACCUUUUAAAGGAAAUAAGGGAUAUUUCUGGUGUUCUUCUAGGCUUGUCCAAAGAAUUCAACAUCAAGAGGUUCCUUGCAGUGUUACUGGAUUCUCUUCUUCUUUACAGUUCGUCUGAUGAUCAAUGUCUGGAAACGCUAGUUUCGAUAAUUGAUAAUGUUCCAGUAGACAACUUGGUUGAUCAUAUGAUCUCCAAGGUUUUCUCUACUUGUAUGACACAAUACCAGAAGAACAAAAGUGACCCUACAUCUUCUACAUCUGGGUGCUGGGCCAAGAAAAUUCUUGCUGUUGUUAGUAAGAAGUAUUCUGUUGAAUUACGUGCGGCAGUACAGAAAUUUAUGGAGGAUACUAAAGGUCAGUCGAAGAAAGAUGAUUUGAAGCUGGAGAUGUUGUCUCGAAUGCUGGACGGGAAUUCAGACAUGUCCCUGCCGUUCGUGGAUUCAAAAUUGUGGUUCCGGCUCCACCAUCCCAAGGCUGCUGUACGUUGUGCUGCGCUUUCGAGUUUAAACGGUGAUCUCAAGAGUGAUAGAUCUAAGGUAGAGAACCUCACCACUAUUCAGGAUGCUAUAGUGCGCCAGCUUUGGGAUGAUGACCUGGCUGUUGUUCAAGCCGCCCUGUCUCUUGAUCAGUUGCCCAGUAUUGUAACCUCUUCUAGUCUCCUGGAUGCUUUACUUCAUGUGGUGAAACGGUGUGUUGGGAUUCUCAUAACAGGAGUUUCACAAAAUGUUCAACUUGCAACAGAUGUCGUUGCUCUGUCCUUUAAAAUUGCUGUCUCAAGUUUCCGUAAUCAAGCAGACUCUACCGAGAAAGUCGCCUCUGCAAUGUUUCCAUUUUUCUUAAUUCAUCCUAAGACUUGGAAUUUAAACCUACAUGUGCUGACAUUGGUGAAGGAUGUUAACUGGCCACUUUUCAAGAAUCUUGUUGUUGAUGACGAAAUGAAGAAGCUCCCAGAUAUCAUGUCUGGAAACAUAUCCUCUAUAAGCAUGGAUAUUAUCAAUAGUUUGGGGGAGGCACUUUCGGUGGAACCUGAUGAGCGUAGGAUUGAGCUAGUUGAGAGGGCUUGCAACUUCAAGCUCUCUGAAGUUUUGGAAUCAUGCAGCAAUAUCAAAUUGACAGAACAGGAACGCAACAAGUUGCAGAAGGGACUGUUGAUCCGCGAAAGUGUGUCCGCAUUGAACAUGAAUAUCGUUGACCAGCUGGCUGAAGCCUUUAUGAUGCACCCUGGUGAAGUUAUUCAGUGGCUUACUGCCAGUUGCCAAGAUGCACCGUUGUCAAAGACGCUGUUUUUUGUUUUGUUGAUGCAGUCAUUACACAAGAUGAAUUCUUCAUCUGAUCCGAGUCAAUUUUUGGAUGUUUUCGACCUUUGCUUUCCUGUUUUGAAGACCGAGUGGGAAGAACUUGAUUUUGCAGUUGAUCUUUCUUUGAAAGAGCUGUCCAAAAGCAGCUGCCGGGAAGUCUUAUAUCAACUUUGUGACACCUCUGAUUUUACUGCACUGAAUUCAAAGCUUCUGCUCUGCUUGUUUUGGAAGUUGGUCGAGUCAUUCAUUAAACUUGAACCGGCCCAUGUCUCUUCGGUUUUUAGCGGAAGGUUGUAUAGCGGGCUUGAAGAUUUGUUUUUCUUUUUUGCAACAACCCGAUCACAGCAUGUUUUCGAGAAACACCUCCACUACCGUGUGAGAGAAGCCCAAGUCUGUCCCGUUUUGUUUCUCACUAGACUCUUAUCACGAGAAGAUGCUCCUCCUAUGGUCCAAAUUGAAAGUCUAAAAUGCUUCUCGUAUCUUUGCUCCAGUGGGAAUAGUGAAUGGUUGAUCCAGAUAUUCUCUAGUUUUCCAGUACUUUUGGUUGCCAUGUCGAGUGAUAAUCAGGAUGUUAAAGUAGCUGCCAUGAAUUGCUUAGAGGCGCUCUUCAACCUAUGGUGCCGUGUUGACUCUAGCAAGAAAAAUGGGAGUGCUGCAAUCUAUGGUAGUUCCUUUGAUGAACUUUUGGAAAUGAUCAUUCAACAAAGGAGGCUUAUAUUGUCGGACAAAAAGUUUCUCUCAUCCUACUUAACAUCGUUACUCAGUUCAACCCCUAAGGACUUGCUAGUGCCAGUUGACCUGCAAAAGAGGUUUGAUCAAUCUACAAAAGAAAGCAUUCUUUCGUUCAUCUUAUUGUGUGCACAAGAACUUCCUGCUUAUGGGAAGCUAAGAGUUCUCUCACUGCUAAAAGGUCUGGGCAUCUUGCUUAUGCGUGAUGAAAAUGUUAAGUCAUUAUCUCAACUUCUAGAUAAACGUAGUCAGUACUACGUUGAACUGGACAAAACUUCCCCACCAAUAUCAGACACUGAGGUUGACUUAUUGUGCCUUCUCCUAGAGUGCUCCAUGAUGCGUUCAUCGUCGUUUAAAGGGCAGUCUCUUGAUGAUCACAUACUAAACGCAUUGAAAAUGGAUUGUGUGGAUUCAGAACAUCCUGCGAUUAUCUCUCCACUUAUUACUAUAUUGGAGAAGUUAAACAAUCAAUAUUAUACUGAACUGAACACCGAGGUUCAGAUUCGUUUCGUCAACAAGCUAGUGUUUAUGUUUCGAAGUACAAAUGGCAGAAUACAAAAUGCUGCUAAAGAAGCUGUCUUACGCCUGAAGAUUUCUUGUUCGACGGUGGUCCAUACACUCGAUCAUAUCACUAAGCAGGAUAAUCAUGUUAUUGAUUCUUUGAGCAAGAAGAAGAAACAGAAGAAAAAUUCACAGUCCUGCCUAGAAGAGGACGUAAAUGGUGGGGAACUUCUAAGAGGAGAAAAGGCUCUCUUUUUCAUUGCCUCGGUACUUGACAUGCUGCUUCUAAAGAAAGAUCUAGCCCACAGGGAGUCCCUUGUAGGGCCUUUGUUCAAGCUCCUAGGACGAUCUAUGUCUAAUGAAUGGGUCAAUAUUGCUUCGUCAGCUGAAGAAACCUCAGUCCAACCUCUCCAGGAUGUCCGUGAAAUAACUCAUGCAUCUAUUUCGUCCAUCCAGCAGACAGUGCUCUUACUCCUGAAAGAUAUUUUUGAUUCUCCGAAUAUGAAUUCUUUGAAGCAGGCUGACACAACAAUUGAAAUCAAUGUCAAAAUGCUUGUUGAGUUUGCCCAGUCCUCAAAUGAUGGAGUCAUACGGAAUUAUGUCUUCUCCCUAUUCACUUCAAUAGUUAAUAUUGUCCCAGAUAGAGUUUUGGACCAUAUUAUCAGCAUACUUACGCUUGUUGGCGAAUCAACAGUGACACAGAUUGAUAGCCACUCGAAGUCGAUCUUUGAGGAGUUUAUUUCAUCAGUUAUUCCAUUUUGGCUGUCUAAGACUAAGAGUGAGGAGAAGUUGCUGGAGAUUUUUGUUAAAGUGUUGCCUGAUAUUGUUGAGCAUAGAAGGCGUUCCAUUGUAGCUUACCUGCUGAGAGUUAUUGGUGAACAAACUGGUUUGCCUUCUUUACUUGUCCUUUUGUUCCAGUCUCUGAUUUCAAGGAAAGACCCAGCUUGGCUUAGUAAUGUCCAGAACUCGGAAAGUUUUAUAUCCGAUGUUAAGAGGGAGUGGGAGUAUGCUUUUGCCGUGGAAAUAUGCGAACAAUAUACGUCUUCGACAUGGCUCUCUUCCCUGGUCAUGCUUCUUCAGACUAUCAGCAAAGACAGUUCUAGUAAAGAAUGUUUCUUUCAGAUGCGGCUUGUCUUAGAAUUUAUAUUCCAGAAAUUGCAAGACCCAGAGUUUACGUUUGCAGUGUCACUUGAACCAAGAAAUAAUGUUUCAGUUGGCAUUCAGCAAAAACUACAGGAGCUUAUGGAGGGUUGUAUACUUCUUCUGCAAGCUGUUGAUUCCACAAAGGAGAAAGAUGUGACUUCUGCGGUUAGAAAGGAAAUAAGAAUGCGUGUAAAUGAUGUCUUGAUGACUGUCACGGGAGUUAUGGACCUGUCUAUAUAUUUCAGAGUUGUUACUAGCUUGCUUCAACAGCAUUCAGAUAGUAAUGGAACUAGAAAGGUACUUGGGCUUAUAAGUACUAGAGCUAAGGACUCCUCUACAUCUAAACUGAAACACAAGAGAAGGCUCCCCAAUCAGAAAAGAGGAAAUCCUUGGUUGAACCUGGAUGAGGCUGCUGUUGAAGCUUUCGGGAAGAUGUGUGAGGAAAUCGUCAAUGUAAUUAUUGAGACAGAUGAUGAGUCGGGUGUUCCAGCUAAACGAGCUGCCAUUUCUACACUGGAAGUUUUGGCUAGCAGGCUUCCCUCUGGUCAUCCGAUCUUCAGCAAGUGUCUUGCAUCUGUUGCAGAAGGCAUCAGCUCAAAGAAUCUGGGAGUUUCUUCAAGCUGCCUUCGUACAACUGGUGCAUUGAUCAAUGUUCUUGGACCAAAGGCGCUCGUUGAACUUCCACGAAUAAUGAAAAAUUUGGUACAACAAUCUCGCGAAGUGUCAUCUGCAUCAACAACUGGAAACGCAGCAGCGGAGGAACAGUUGGUGAUGCUGUCUGUUCUAGUCACUUUGGAAGCAGUGAUUGAUAAACUUGGAGGUUUCCUGAAUCCUCAUCUUGGGGAUAUCAUUAGACUCAUGGUUCUGCAUCCUGAAUAUGUUUCUGACUUCGACAAGAAUCUCAAGUCCAAAGCCAAUGCCAUUAGGAGACUCCUUACUGAAAAAAUACCAGUUCGCCUCACUCUGCAACCUCUUCUGCGAAUAUACGAUGAGGCUGUUUCUUGUGGCGACGCAAGUUUGGUGAUUGCUUUUGACAUGCUAGAAAACCUGGUUGCAAAAAUGGAUAGAGCAUCUAUUGUUUGCAACCAUGCAAAGAUUUUCGACCAAUGCUUAGUUGCCCUAGAUAUUAGACGCCAAAAUCCAGCAACGAUUCAGAAUGUUGAUGUUGCGGAGAAAAGUGUAAUCAAUGCGACGGUUACACUCACAAAGAAGCUAACUGAGUCUGAGUUUAAACCCCUCUUUAUAAGAAGUAUUGAUUGGGCAGAGUCGGAUAUUGUAGAUGGAUCUGGGAAUGAGAAUAAGAGCGUCGACAGAUCUAUCUCUUUCUAUGGUCUAGUGAAUAGACUCUGUGAGAGUCACUUGUCGAUCUUUGUACCAUAUUUCAAGUUCAUGCUUGACAGUAUUGUAUCGCAUCUCACCAGUGCUGGAGCAUCAGUAUCAACAAGGAAGAAAAAGAAAGCCAAACUUCAAGAAUCAGAUGACGCUAUACCACCAAAAAGCUGGCAUCUUAGGGCGUUGGUGCUUUCUUCUUUGAAGAACUGCUUUUUGCAUGAUACUGGAAGUUUGAAGUUCCUCGACGCAAACAACUUCCAGGUGCUACUGAAGCCUAUAGUAUCUCAGCUUGUUGUUGAACCGCCAUCUGGUUUAAAGGAACAUCCACAUGUACCAACUGUAGAAGAGGUUGAUGAGUUGUUGGUUUCAUGCAUUGGUCAAUUGGCAGUAGCCUCUGGCUCUGAUCUUCUCUGGAAACCGCUGAACCACGAGGUGCUAAUGCAAACAAGGAGUGAGAAGUUGCGUGCGAGGAUGUUGAGUUUGAGGAGCGUGAAACAGAUGAUGGAUAAUCUGAAAGAAGAGUAUCUAGUCUUGCUAGCUGAGACCAUUCCAUUCUUAGGUGAACUGCUGGAAGACGUUGAUCUGUCUGUCAAGUCUCUGUCUCAAGAUAUCAUCACUCAGUUGGAAAAGAUGAGCGGUGAAGAUCUGGCGCAACUCCUCUGAGUAACCUCUGUUUGCUACAAAACUUUAGAUUCCCAAUUUUGAUGUCUCCUGUUUCUGUUAGUAUUAAACUAAUAACUGGUGUGAAAUACGGUUUGAUUCUGAGCAACAGUUUUGAGUUCUUUUGUUAUGACUUGAUAAUAACUUGUUUCUGUGACUUGACUUUUAUUUCGAGUAUAAUGAAUUUGUUAUUUGUGA